AUGGAGGCUGCACGGAUCCCAGCUUUUCUGCUCCUCCUCCUUGGAGUCAUCUGGUCGCGUGCACAGCUCGGUGCCGAGGCAGCUGGCACCACGGUUUUCACGCUGCGCAACAACUGCACCCACGCGAUCUGGCCGGCCACAUUGUCCGGCAACAGCGCCGCCGCCAUCGGGGGCGGCGGCUUCGAGCUCGCCGCCGGCGCCACCGUAUCUUUCCCGGGCCCGACGGGCUGGUCCGGCCGCUUCUGGGCGCGCACGGGCUGCGUCGCCUCCGGCGCGUCGACCCUCGCCUGCGCCACGGGCGACUGCGGCGGCGCCGUCAGUUGCUCCCUCGGCGGGGCGCCGCCCGUGACGCUCGCCGAGUUCACCCUGGGAGGCGCCGACGGGAAGGACUUCUACGACGUGAGCCUGGUGGACGGGUACAACGUCGGCAUCGGCGUGGUGGCGACGGGCGCCAAGGUGAACUCGUCGACGUGCGGCUACGCCGGGUGCGUGGCCGACGUGAACGCGCUGUGCCCCGCGGAGCUGCAGGUGACGGGGAAGGAAGGCGACCUGGAGGGGAAGACGGUGGCGUGCCGGAGCGCGUGCGAGGCGUUCGGGACGCCCGAGUACUGCUGCACGGGCGCGCACGGCGGGCCGGACAGCUGCGGCCCGACCAAGUACUCCAAGCUCUUCAAGGCGGCGUGCCCCGCCGCGUACAGCUACGCCUACGACGAUGCCACCAGCACCUUCACCUGCGGCGCCGGAGCGCAGUACCUCAUCACAUUCUGCCCGGCGCAGUAG